UCCUAUAUAAAGAGCGCAAAGAGGCUUUUCACUGUUCUUGAUCACUCUUCUGUCUACUUCGUUCUCGCUCCCGAGAAAUUGAGAAUGGCGUACGAUAUUCGUUUCUUUGAGCUGAACACCGGAGCUAAGAUCCCUUCCGUAGGGUUAGGGACCUGGCAAUCAAGCCCUGGCCUCGUCGGCGACGCCGUCGACGCCGCCAUCAAGGCAGGAUAUCGGCAUAUUGAUUGUGCUCAACUCUAUGCCAAUGAGAAGGAGAUUGGUUCUGUUCUGAAGAAGCUAUUUGAAGAUGGUGUGGUGAAGCGUGAGGAUUUGUGGAUUACUUCCAAACUCUGGUGUACUGAUCAUGCACCAGAAGAUGUACCAGAGGCAUUGGACAGGACUUUGAGAGACUUGCAGCUCGAUUGUGUUGACUUGUAUCUUAUACACUGGCCAGCCAGGAUGAAGAAGGGGUCAGUAGGUUUUAAGCAUGAAAACCUUAUUGACCCAGAUAUCCCUGCAACUUGGAGAGCAAUGGAAUCACUCUAUGAUUCGGGCAAGGCUCGAGCUAUUGGCGUGAGCAAUUUCUCUACAAAGAAGCUGUCAGAUUUGCUGGAUAUUGCACGUAUUCCUCCUGCUGUUGACCAAGUGGAGUGUCAUCCUUCAUGGCAGCAGGCCAAGCUGCGUUCUUUCUGUAAAUCCAAGGGAGUUCACCUUUCUGGAUAUUCGCCACUGGGUUCUCCUGGAACAACAUGGAUUAAAAGUGAAGUCCUUAAGAAUCCAAUUCUUCUCACUGUUGCAGAGAAAUUAGGCAAAACUCCUGCACAAGUUGCUCUUAGAUGGGGACUGCAAAUGGGUCAUAGUGUUCUUCCUAAGAGUACUAAUGAAGCAAGGAUCAAGGAGAACCUUGAUGUCUUUGGCUGGUCUAUCCCAGAGGACUUGUUUCCCAAGUUUUCUGAAAUUGAGCAGGCAAGGCUGAUCAGAGGGGGCUCGUAUGUUCAUGAUACUUUUGGUCCCUACAGGAGCAUAGAGGAGUUCUGGGAUGGUGAAAUCUAGAAAAUCACAUGAAUGUUUUUGUGAAAGAGAGUCUAGGAGCAUUUGUUACGCGAAAAAAAUGAACUUUUAUGAUUUGUAUGGAUCGUUUAUGUCCUAAAAAACGAUUUGCUUGAUUAUGGUAUUUGCACUUCUCCGUGUUUUGUUUACAUGAAGAAUACGACCACCACUUACUACUA